AAAGCCCGCGCAAAAGACGCUUAGUCUUUCACUCUACUUUGCAUUGGGAUUUGGGAGUAACAAAUAAAGAGAAUAGAAGUGAAAAGAAGCUCAGAAGUUUCUUAGACAAGAAGGGGAAAACAAAAUGAAAAACAAGCAAAGAAAAAGAGAGGAUAUGAUCCCAGUUGUGAUCAUAGAGAGCAGCAGUAGUGAGGAAGAAGACGAUAAUGAUGUUGAUUAUAUUGGUGAUAGCAGUGAUGAAGAUAGUUGUGGUAAGUCGAAGAAGAGGAAGAAAAUGUGUAACCAAACUAGAGGUGGAGAAAGUAGCAGGAAAAGGGAAUCCAAAAUGUGUCAUCAGUGUCAGAGGAAUGACAAAGGCAGAGUGGUGUGUUGUUCCAAAUGUAAAGUUAAAAGAUAUUGCCUUCCUUGCAUCACUCGAUGGUACCCUGGGAUGUCAGAGGAGGACUUUCUAGAAGCUUGCCCUGUAUGUCGUAAUAUUUGCAACUGCAUAGCAUGCUUGCGGUUAGAUGGGUUAGCUAAACAUUUGAUGUAUGUUGAAGUGAAGUUCAGUGAUGAAGAAAAACUCGAGUACACUAAGCACAUUGUACAAGCACUUUUGCCUGCUUUGGAACAAUUUAAUACAGAACAAAUGAUUGAAAAGCAGAUUGAAUAUCAGAUUCAAGCAUUGCCAGAUUCAAAGGCUUAUAUACAAAAAGCAAAAUACAAGAAGGAUGAGCGCAUUUAUUGCAACUAUUGCAGUGCUUUUAUUGUUGAUUUUCACCGGAGUUGUUCUAGCUGUUCCUAUGAACUUUGCCUUACUUGUUGCAAAGAGUUAAGGAAUGGCAACCUGCAAGCAGAUGCAUCCGAAGUGAGGAUGCAAUAUAUUGACAAUGGACCAGGUUAUUUGCAUGGUAAAGGUUGUAGCAUAACUUCUUCAGCUAAGAAUGGAACUGCUGAAGUUAAAAUAAGGGAUCAAACAAAGGUGGUAAUGGCAUCUAAAUGGAAACCCAAGGAAAAUGGUACCAUUCCUUGCCCACCCAAAGAUAUGGGAGGCUGUACUAAAGGAACCUUAAAUUUGAGACGUAUAUUUUCUGAGAAUUGGAUAUCACAACUGUUACUGAAAGCUAAAGAAAUAGCAGAAAAAUGUAAAUUGAAGGAAAUGCAUAAUGAUUCAGAACUGCACUACUCCUGUUCAAAAUCUAAGGGUGCAAAUGGUGGCAAGCUACGCAAGGCAGCUACUCGAGAAAAUUCAGAUGAUAACUAUGUAUUCUGUCCAGCAGCUGUGGAUACUCGGCGUGCAAAUUUCAGGCAUUUUCGGCUCCAUAUGCUUAAGGGUGAACCAGUUGUUGUAACUAACGUUCUUGAUAAUGCAUUGGGAUUGAGCUGGGAACCUAUGGUAAUGUGGCGUGCUUGCCGACAAACCAAGAAGGUUUCUGAUGUCUUAAAUUGCUUAAAUUGGUGUAAGUUGGAAAUGAACAUACACCAGUUUUUCAAAGGAUACAUGGAGGGUCGCUUGGACAGUUAUGGGUGGCCUCAACUCUUAAAGUUGAAUGACUGGCCGCCAUCAGGUCUAUUUGAUGAGCGGCUGCCGCGUCAUGGUGCCGAAUUUUCUAGUUGUUUACCUUUUAUGGAAUAUACACAUCCUCAAUAUGGCUAUCUCAAUCUCGCUCUAAGACUUCCUGAUAACUGUUCGAAGCCAGAUUUGGGGCCUAAGGCAUACAUUGCUUAUGGUUUUCCUGAGGAGCUUGGACGUGGAGACUCAGUCACCAAACUACACUAUGCUGUGACUGAUACGGUCAACGUGUUGAUGCACACUCAAGCAGUGGUCCCAACAGUUGAACAACUCUCGGCCAUAGAGAACUUGAAACAGAUUCACAAAGUGCAGGAUCAAAGGGAAUUUGGAGCUGAUGCUAGCAGGAUGCAUGAGAGUAAAGCUGAGAAUAAGAAGUAUAGCCAGCAAAGUGUAAAAGUUGAGUGUGAAACAAAUAAAGAGGGAGAAGAAUAUCAAUACAGAGAAGAUAGUAUUUCUGUUUUUGGGCAGGAUAUAUCUGCAGGAUAUGAAGAAGCAGACGGUGGUGCUCUAUGGGAUGUCUUUAGGAGGCAUGAUGUUCCUAAAUUGGAGGAAUAUCUCAGGAAGCACUUUAGGGAAUUUAGGCACACAUAUGGCUCACCAUUGCCGCAGGUUGUUCAUCCCAUUCUUGAUGAAACUUUCUACUUGAGCGCUGAGCAUAAAAGGAGGCUAAAGGAAGAAUAUGGCAUUGAACCAUGGACUUUUGUUCAAAAAUUAGGUGAAGCUGUUUUUGUUCCUGCUGGAUGCCCUCAACAAGUCAGAAAUUUAAAGUCCUGUAUCAACGUCGCUGUUGAUUUUGUAUCUCCUGAAAAUGUGAACGAGUGCAUCCGUUUGACCGAGGAGUUUCGCAAGCUUCCCAGAAAUCAUGAUGCUAGGGUAGAUAAGUUGGAGGUAAAGAAAAUAAUUGUUCAUGCGAUGAGCCAAGCAGUGGAUCAAUUAGAGAAGACGCUAUUGAACUCUGAAGCAGGCAUCGCUACAGGAUUAUCCUCAUCAAGUCCAAUCAGCAAAAGUAAAAAUGCUGUGCCAGGACCAAGUUUGCCAAAAUCUCCCUCAAUUUCUGAAGAUCUAUCCAGUAGCAAGACAGCUAAAAGAGAAGAAUAUGUUGCUCCAAGUGAGGAUGAGAAACCAAGAAUUGCUGAAGCUAAUCUACAUUCUCCGCUUCCUGUUCCUGAUCAUUUGUCGUCAGCAAACAAGGAUCACGAAAGCACAUCAGUUCCUAGUGAAAAAUUGAAGCAGUUCAUCAAUAUAGAGGGCGUGGAAUCAACUUUCCAUACGGUUAAAUCAUUCUUGAAGUCUAUACCAGAGCAGUACUCGAGCCAACAAUCAGGACUCCAGAGCAACACUGCUUCAAACCAAACACUAGCAAGGAUAGUAUUUGAAUGCUCAAUCAGACUGUCACUGGAGGCUUUGGCUUAUGACCCAAUGCAUGAAAAAGAAAUGUAUGGUGCAAUUGCUGCUUUAAAUGAAAAUCCCUCAUCAUUCUUUAGCGACGAACAAACCAAGCAAUUGGUAAAACUUAAGUAUGAAUUCCCUGUCAUGGUUAAGAAAUGGAGGGACUUGGCACGAGCUGAAUCAAGUUACCAGGAAUUCUUGACCAGCUUCGAAGAGGAUAGGAAAAAACUGGAUGAUUGGAUUAGAUCAGAAGCAUGGUUGAAGUCGGAGUAUGUUAAAAAGGAGCAACAAGCUAGAGAAUUGGAAACAGCCCUUCAAACUAUAAAGAACCGGCAAAAAGAAAUCAUGGAUGAAAGACAAGAAGCGUCUCUAGCAGCUCAGAAAAUCAUGUUGUUAGCUCAAGAAAAAGCUGGCAAGGUAGAAAGCACUAAAACUGAAUUGGUAACAACAAAGAUGCAGAUGGAUGGCUUGCAAAAAAAUUGGUCCAACUUUCAGUCUAAAUUCCCCUAGGUGUUACUUUCAGGUCUCUCCUUCUAUUGUCACACAAAUCACAGUUGUUUAACUUCCUUGGCUUUAUGUUUCCUAGGACUAGAUGUAUUUUGUAACGUGGAGCUUUAGUCCAUGUGUACAUAUAAAUUGUAGAUGUUGGUGCCAACCAACAGGUGUUGUGGUGGAAUGGUAAGUAAUCAUGCAUCCUUAAAUAGAGGUUUCGGGGUCGAGCCUUGUCGGUUAUGAAGUCGUCUUUGUUAGGGAGGGCUUUACCCCUUGGGACUUCCUGGCGCGAAUAUAGAUUUAAUCUAGCCCAAAUUUAGUACCUGAGGACAAACUUCAUUUUUUUUUGCACGGAUGCCCUUCAAAGGCGC